CUCUCUAAAGCCUGACCGAUAGAGACAGAGAAAGAAAGAGGAGGGGGGGAGAAAACACCAAUUAUUAUUCACAACCGUGUUGGAUUUUUAUGAACCACGAAGCCGACUCUCACCGGACACACCGAGCCGAGAAAACCACGACAGAACCAGCACGUCGAACUGCUCCUGCCGCUUCUGGACCUACAAUAGCGACAGAAAAGGCGUGUUGUUCCUGUUUAAAGACGGGACUUUGGCGUUCAUGUGUCUGUAGGUCAGCUAUCGAAAAGCAGCGUUGGUGAAGCAGCCUCUCCACGGCGGAUAUCUCCCUUUUUUUUUUUCCUCUCUCUCCUUUAAAAAAAAAAAAAAAAAAAAAAGAGGAUUUGCAAGAUGGCUGAUGACAGCUACCCCUAACAAGGACAGAAAAAGCGACGUCCCCUUUAAGAUUAGCAGGGUAUAUUUUUGUAUUUCUGUGAGUUAAAAUAUUUAAAUAUGGCUGCUUUUUGAAUAUAAUGACCGUAGCUCGCGUUAGCCACCGCUGAAAAUAGUGCCAAAAAUCUUUGUGUUUAUCUGUACCUGUGCUUGUGGUAGAAAAUGGUGAGGUGACGUCUGAGGUAAUUUACACGAUUUAACCGAGAUAAGGAAGUAGGGGGGAGGAAAAAAUAUGUUGUUGGCUAAAGGCUGAGGCGACAUUAAGGUAAAUAAGGUGGAGACCUAAGUGAAAAGAGGCCGGAGGUGGAUACAAGGAUAAUACUAAUAAUCUGGUGGGUCCGGAGAUAUUUGAUAGAUGUGUCGGAGGGGGGAAACCAAAAGGCUCCGCAACAGCAGCCAACAUUCCUGCGGAUCCUAAAACCCUUUGUUUUGUGCGCAGGAGCUGGACUCGACCAUUAAAAACGAUUAACUAUGCAGUAAACAGGCUCGAAAAUGAUGGCUCGGGUAUGAUUUUCCUGUCUAAUGAGAUUAUAAGGGCCUUUGUUGUCGACAGAAAACUGGUAGAGAGAGAGGAAGGAGAAGGAGAGAGAGAGAGAGAGAGAAAAAAAAAAGCCGAGGCCUUGUGUACAGAUAUGCGAGCUGCUGUGCCACAUAGCAGGCGUUAUUCAUCAAAUGGAGAUGUCGCUUUUAUGUGGAAUCGAAGGGCUGGAGGUGGCUGUGGUGUCCAUCUGACCUGUAAUACUGCUUUUGUCGUCUGACUGCCAUACCGUCGCUGGUUGUAUGUAUAAUUAAAUUGCAGGUGGAGGCUGCUCGGAGACUUAUUUAUGAUUCAGCGGACAAAAGCAUUGCGCUGCGUUGUGAUUAUUGAAGGGAGUCAAGCGUCCUUGAGGUCCUGAUAAAAAAAACAGAUUCAGGUUUUUUGUGGGUUUUUUUUGUUCUUUUGUUUUUUUUGUUUUGUUUUACAAGAAGAGAGAGGGCUCUGUGUGUGAAUACCAAUCAGGGUGUGGACCCGGAGCCGUCCCUUUUUUUCUCAUGGGUUUUUUCAUGCUUGGUUUGUUGGUCUGAAUUGGUCCACAGUCAAUCAUAAUCCGGCAUUGGAAGUGAAGGUAAGGGCCUGAGCAGGCAGCAAGAAAAGGGAUCAAGUGUCUUUUCAUGUGCUAGACAGAGAUUGAUUCACCUCAUGGUCAUAUGAGUGAGUGGUUAGGUGUUUAGUUCUCUGUGCCUUGUUCGCAUUUCAUGGUUUACCUGUAGCUUGACAGGCUUUUUAGCUUCCUGUAGGCCUAUAAACACACACAAGCUAUAAAGGCAGGCCCACUGUGUGUGUGUGUGUGUGUGUGUGUGUGUGAUUGUGUGUGUGACUUAGAGGAAAGGAAAGCACCGUUUACUGUAAUCUGUAUAACGUCAGCCCCUGCUGUUGUGUGUUGAAAUCAACAAGGUGUUGUCAUCCCCUGAAGCCUUCUCUGGUCAGUUUUCUGGAAUUUGCCUUCAUGCUGCAGCAAUAAGCAAUACUCGUCGUCUGUCAGGGAGACUCGUCUAAUUUGGUCACAAGGGUUGAAAUCCACAGGACAGCAUUGCGUCUGUUUUUAUCUUUUUUUUUUCUUUUUCCUCCCCAAGACUAAUUUUUGAAAGUGUCAGGUUUCUUUGCGAGGACAGAGAGACAGAGGCCUCAAGGUCUGGUAGAAGUGGAAAAUAGUGUAUGCCUGCCCGCACCAUGAUGGCCUCUGACAUGGCUGAGACGUGGAGGAACUGUUUUGAGGAGGAGCUCAUCUGCCCCAUCUGCCUGCACGUGUUCUCAGAUCCCAUCCAGCUGCCCUGCAAGCACAACUUCUGCCGGGGCUGCAUCAGCGAGGCCUGGGCCAAAGACUCCUCGCUGGCCCGCUGCCCCGAGUGCAAUCAUGCUUACACACAGAAGCCCAGCCUGGAGAAGAACCACAAACUGUCCAACAUAGUCGAGAAGUACAACGCCCUGAGCGUGGAGAAGGCAACCACGCCGGUGCUGCAGUGCAUCCUGUGCCGCCGAGGCCCACCACUCCCCGCGGUCAAAGUCUGCCUGCGUUGCAACGCCCCGUGCUGCCAGUCCCACGUCCAGACUCACCUGCAGCAGCCCUGCUCGGCCCUCGGGCACCUGUUGGUGGAGGCCGAGGCGGUGAAGGCCUGGACCUGCCUGCAGCAUGACGAAUACAGGCUUUACCACUGCGAGGCCGAGCAGACAGCGGUGUGUCAGUACUGCUGCUUCGCCCGCUGCCACCCCAGCCACGGCCAUGCGGUGACUGACGUGGAGCUGAGACGCAACGACAUCAGACAAAGCCUCCUCAGGCAGCAGGAGCGUGUGGAGGAGCGAGUGCAGGAGAUCGAAGAACAGCUCUGCAAACUGGACUCUGACAAGUGUGUGGUGGAGGACAGGGUGUGUGAGCUGAAAGAGGAGGUGCGUCUGCAGUACCAGCGGAUGCACCAGCUCCUGGAGGAGGAUCUUGGUCGGACACUGGAGGCUCUGGAUCGGGCUCAGGCUCGGUUCUGCCAGGAGAACGCCGCCCAGGUGUUGGCUCUGGGCGAGCAGCGCCACGAGGCCCAGAAGCUGCUGAGCUCCAUCCACACAGCCUUCAGUAAGGCGGAGGAGCUGAGCUUCAUGAAAAACACCAAGCCUGUUAAAAUCCUCACAGACAGGUCUCAGGCAUGUGUGGGCAGCAGUCUCCCUCCUUAUAAAGUGGGGAAUCUAAACUCCAAACUGUUCCUCUCUGAAAUCUCAAAAAGAGAGAAGAGCUUGAAGAGAACCCUGGAAGCUCCCCUCACCCCUCCCUCGACCUUCCUGCAGUCUGUUCCUGCAUAUCCCAGCGGUCAGAGCUCCGGCUCUGGAGCCGAGAAACGGAAACAUUCCACUGCCUUCCCAGAGGGGAACGGGAACGUCGGAAAAAACGCCACUCCAGGUUUCAAGGACUCCUCCUCCUCUUCCUCGUCCUCUUCUUCGUCGUUAGCCAAACAGCCCUACCUGGGCUCGGGCUCAGCCUCCGGAGAGGGCCAGUCCACCAAUCAGCAGCCUCUCGGCCCCUGCGGCCCACCUCACAUCAGCGAGAGCGGCGGGACAGGAAGCGCAAGCGGCUCUCUGACCAACCACCAUUCAGGCUCCGUGUUUGGCUCCUCGCACUUUCCUCCCGGAGGCAGCAGCUCCUCGCACUCCUCCCAGCAGGCCGUGCUGCCUCAAUACGGCGGCCGGAAGAUCCUGGUGUGCACGAUGGAUAACUGCUACUGCUCUGGCGUGCCCUCGGUGUCGGGCCACCGCAGUCAUCCCCCAUACCCGCGAUCUGGCUCUUUCCCCUGGGUCAGCGCCCAAGACUACCCACCUCCUCCCGGCUUGGCCUCUGGAGGUCCGUCCAUGCAGGGCUUGGCAGUGAGGGACUGGAUAGACGCCUCACAGACACACAGACAUGCAGAUUUCUACGGGCUGUAUGGGCAGCCCUCGACAAAGCACUAUGUCACCAGUUAACAGAGUAGACACACACACACACACACACACACACACACACACACGGAUAUAAAGACAGGCACCAAAAUAGCACACCUUUACCGAAUUAUUAACCGGAAAAAAACACGUAGUUAUACAGCACACACAUUCAGAUAUUAAAGUCUAUAAACACACACACACACACACACAGAUCUAGAACAUGUAUACACGUUCGGGGGCAGGGUUGAUCUCUUUGUCUUUUUAUUUCCUUUAUUUUUAGUCAGUGUUUCAUGUAGUGUAUUAUACGUAAAAAUGCAUAAACAGCCGCUCACUCUGGCACAACUUAGCUCAGCAUUUCACACACAGACAAGAAACGAGAGAGGCCCGAGAGGAAAGUACGACAUGCGUCUUUUUAUUUAUAGGGCAGGAGAUGGAUUGAUAGAAAACAAACUUUUAUUAGGAAAUCUUCUCAUGCCUCUUUGUGGCUUCUCACCAACGCUAAAGGGAAAAGAGAUAAUACCAAGCAGUUUUGACCUUUCCAGUUUAGCGCCUCAUGUUUCUCUGAUAUAAUCACCCCUCCAGUUGUACUGAGGUCAAUUGCCUUAUGUUAUUAGCAUCAUAUUUUUCUCUGCCCAGCUCACUUUGUUUGAUAGAUCCUUUAAAAAAGGGACUGCGGUCCCUGUGGCGUCUCUUGAUUUUUAUCGUCAUGGCACUUCUUCCUUUCUUUGCCGAGUUCAGGGAUGGAUCGUACGGCUUGAACACAAAACGCUCUUCCAUGGAACACCCACAAUGCACUUGUGGACGCCUUGUUAUGCCUGGACUACAGAUGCUGACACGCAGGGGGACACUAGAGCUGCAUCUCAAGGAGUUUUGGGAGUUUAGCCCUCACUCCUAGCGCUCUCUUCCUGCUGCCAGGCUUCCCACAGGACAGAAAUCUUCUGACAAAGACUGUUUCCAUUUAGUAAUUACAAGACUUUGUGUUAUUUGUAGGUUUCAUGCUUGUUUAGAGAGACUCUUUGAUUUAAGAGAAACAGGCAAGACUGGACAGACCAAACCAAUCAAGCAUCUGGAGGAUCUGAUGAUGCUGUAAUUGUACUUCCUGCAGGGCAAAGAUGUCACUUCCUCUCAAUAAGCACACGAGCUCUUGGCUUCCUGUUUGCAGCUGAAAGCAUGCAAGGAAGAGUUUUUUAAAGCACUCAAAAGAAGAACAAUGGGGGGAUAAAAAUGUAUGCAGUUUUAAAAUGAGUGUAUGAAAGAAAAGAAGAAGGGCGGGAGGACUCUUUUUUCAUGAACCUUUUCUAAAAGAACAACGACUGGACUGCGAGAUGUAAGCAAUUGUCACCAUCCUAAAAAGGAGCUGUUCCAACAGUCAACAGAAAGAGGAAAAAAAUGACAUAAAAGUAUCUUUUUUUGUAAAUAUUUUGUGAAAUGGAAAAAUUACAGACGUGAUUUGGAGAAGGGUUCCAAAUAAACGAACAAAUUUAAACCAG